CUUUUGUUUUUGGAGUUGAUCUUGUUCUACCGUUGGUUCAUCAACAUGGUCACUCUCACUUUCAGGUUAUUCACUCUUGACAUUUUAUUAGAGUUUCUAGUAGCUGUGCAAAACGCGUAGCAUAUUCACAAUCGCGCGGUUUCCCCUUUCUUCGCGUCAGUUCAUAGCUCCGACAGUUGGCAAGGGAAACAAACAAUCUAUUUUGCUCAUGUCACAAUACAAUGCUAAAUUUAUGAAAGCGGCUCUUGAUGUAGCGCAGGAAGCUUACGAUAACUUGGAAGUCCCUGUUGGAUGCGUCUUUGUUUUGAAUAACGAGACUAUCCUUGCAAGAGGACGUAACAGACCCAACGAGACAUGCAAUGCAACACGACAUGCAGAGAUUGAGGCAAUUGAUUUAAUAUUAGAAGAACAUGAUCCAAUUAUUUUCUCCAAUGUAGACUUGUAUGUCACUGUCGAACCAUGUAUUAUGUGUGCCUCUGCACUAAGACAGAUUGGAAUACGACAUGUCUAUUUUGGUUGUGGCAAUGAUAAAUUUGGAGGAAACGGCUCGGUCUUUAACAUGCAUUCAGAUCCACGAUUAGAAACAGAUCAUUCAAAAGGAUAUGAAUCAAAGGGAGGCUAUUUUUAUGAAGAAGCCAUUAUGCUAUUGAGAAAGUUUUAUGUUCGAGAAAAUCAAAAUGCACCUGUACCAAGAAAGAAGGCAAAUCGAGUAUUAAAAACUGAAAUUGCACCAAAAAACAAGGAAUGAGAGAGAGAGAAACGAUUUUUUUUAUAUUUAUAUGAAAUACACACACAUAUAUUUAUAUACGCAUAUGUUUAUAUAUAUAUAUAUAU